AAGCCACACUGGCUCACAAUCAUCACGUUGCAAAAUAUACACUUUCUUACAUAAAUAUCAAAGUUGUUUAUUGAAAUUUUAUUAUUUUUGUAAAUAAUAUAAGUAUCGAGAAUGGAGCAAGAAAAAUUGCAAAAUAAAGGAGAAAUAAAACCUAUAUUCCGAAAUAUUGAUGGAGAUGAUCCAGACCCAGAAACUACAGAAAUUGAGUCUGCUUGCAUGAAUUGCUUCCGUUCUGGUAAAACACGUCUACUGCUUACCAAAAUACCCUUUUACAAAGAGGUUGUGCUUAUGUCUUUUAAAUGCGACCAUUGUGGUUUUGAAAAUAGUGAAAUUCAGUCGGCAUCCGAAAUACAAAAAAAAGGUGUACGCAUUGAACUUAAAGUAAAAGGUGCAGAAGACCUAAAUCGGCGGGUAGUGCGUUCGGAUUACACAUCAGUGAGUAUACCAGAGGUGGAACUGGAGAUACCAUCUCAAAGUCAAAAAGGGGAAAUAACUACCGUAGAAGGUAUAAUUGACCGAACAAUAAGAGGACUAACUCAAGAUCAGGAAGUUAGAAUGAAAGAACAUCCUGAUGCAGCAUCUGCCAUUGAUGCUUAUGUCGAAAAAUUAAUUUCUUUGAAAGAAAACCAAAGUAACUUCACCAUUAUUUUGGAAGAUAUUAGUGGAAAUAGUUUCAUUGAAAAUCCAUUAGCACCAUCAUUGGAUCCAAAUUGUAGAAUUUCUCAUUUCGUACGAAAAAAGGAAGACGAUCAAAUACUUGGCCUUUAUACAACAAAAGAUAUAUCCAACGCUGACGGUAAAAAUGAUGUUAACGAGACGCAAGAAAAACAUCUACUUAAACCAAUCGCUGAAGACGCAUGGGGAAUUGAGGAUUUGCACGGAGAGGUUCUUCAGUUUCAGACAUUGUGCUCGCAAUGUGGCUCUCCAUGUGAAACGAAUAUGAAGCUAACAAACAUUCCGCAUUUUAAGGAAGUUGUUAUUAUGGCAACGGUUUGCGAAUCUUGUGGAUGUAAAACUAACGAAGUCAAGUCCGGUGGAGGAAUAGAGGAAACGGGAAUUCGUUUUGAAGUCGGUGUCGAGAGCAAAGAAGAUCUAACGCGAGAUGUAUUGAAAUCUGAAACCUGCAGCCUAAAAAUUCCUGAGUUGGAUUGUGAAGUGGGGCCUUCGGCUCUUGGUGGUCGCUUCACUACUGUAGAAGGUAUUUUAGUAGCUAUGAAAGAUCAACUACAAAACGAGGGUUUCUUUUUUCACGAUUCAACUGAUCAAGAUAGUAAGAAACGCAUGGAAGACAUCAUUGAAAAAUUCAAUAAAAUAUUGGCUUUCGAGUUAAGAGCAACUCUGGUUUUGGAUGAUCCAGCCGGAAAUAGUUACGUGCAAUCUUUGGCAGAUGAUGAUGAGCUGGAUGAUAAACUAAAAAUCCAAAAAUACGAGCGAACCUUUGACCAAAAUGAAGAACUUGGCCUUAACGAUAUCAAAACAGAAAAUUACCAAGAAUAAUAAUAAUAAUAUUCCUGUUUUCUCGUUUAUAAUAAAUUUUAUAAAGGCUUUAAACGAACUGUUAAUGUAAA